AUGGGUCAGACGUGUUCUAAAUGUAAGGAUAAUUGUUCCUCUGGCAGAGAUUGUGCUGACUGUCCAAAAUUUUCUUGUAAUUGUCAAUGUUGCAGAAAAACAGGUGCAUACAUUGCUGCUGGUGUUCUCUUUGCAAUAUUCGCAUUAAUCUUUUUUUCAUCUUUCUACUACGGGUUUCCGGCAAUACCUUACAAAAAGAUUUCCGACGUUUUCAGAUCAUCUAUGAGGGACACCUACAGUGGACUCUCCUAA